GAACCCGGCGACCCGGUCGGCCGGCGGCUGAGUCGCCCGCAGAACCGACCAGUAGGGCUGCAUGAUGCAUGUCCGGGAACUUGUGACAUGCCCGAGACAAUAGUGGGGACCACGGCAAUUAAAAGUAAUUGGUGACACAUCUCAGUAAAAUGGUGCAGGCGCCGGAAGGUACUUCCUGUUGGGUGAAGGAGACCAGCUCCCGGUGCCACCGAGUCCCGCGUUUGCCGGCGGGGCUGGCCUCCGUCCCGGGGUGAUAGCAGGCGACAUCCUCACCAACACCCAGAAGCAGAGCAGAGAUUGGCGUGGGUGUGGUCGCUCUGCGCCACCGGCUUCGGCACCCUGAGCGGGCAGGAGGAGAAAGCCUGCGGCCUUCAAGGGGGACCCUCCCUCCUUCUUCGUGCCUGAGACGCCGGGAGUCCUUGGAAACAGGCUCAGGAGUAAGCGGGCGCCAUGGAUUGGGGGACCCUGCACACGUUCAUCGGGGGCGUGAACAAGCACUCCACCAGCAUCGGGAAGGUGUGGAUCACGGUCAUCUUCAUCUUCCGCGUCAUGAUCCUGGUGGUGGCCGCCCAGGAGGUGUGGGGGGACGAGCAGGAAGACUUCGUCUGCAACACCCUGCAGCCGGGCUGCAAGAACGUGUGCUACGACCACUUCUUCCCCGUGUCCCACAUCCGGCUCUGGGCCCUGCAGCUGAUCUUCGUGUCCACACCGGCGCUGCUGGUGGCCAUGCACGUGGCCUACUACAGGCACGAAACCGCCCGCAAGUUCAGGCGCGGGGAGAAGAGGAACGAAUUCAAAGACGUGGAGGACAUCAAGAAGCAGAAGGUCCGCAUCGAGGGGUCACUGUGGUGGACCUACACCAGCAGCAUCUUCUUCCGCAUCAUCUUCGAGGCCUCCUUUAUGUACGUGUUUUACUUCCUUUACAACGGCUACCACCUGCCCUGGGUGUUGAAAUGCGGGAUCGACCCCUGCCCCAAUCUCGUCGACUGCUUCAUCUCCAGGCCCACGGAGAAAACCGUGUUCACCAUUUUCAUGAUCUCUGCGUCUGUGAUCUGCAUGCUGCUCAACGUGGCCGAGCUGUGUUACCUGCUGCUGAAAGUAUGUUUUCGGAGAUCAAAAAGGGCACAGACGCAAAGAAAUCACCCCAACCACACCCUAAAAGAGAGUAAGCAAAAUGAGAUGAAUGAGCUGAUCUCAGAUAGUGGGCAAAAUGCGAUCACAGGCUUUCCAAGUUAAAUACUUCAAGAUAAAAAUGUAGCUGAGUCACCACAAAACAUCCGUCUUCCCCAGAAGGCAGUGCCAAUCUGACAAUUCCUUCUCUAGGC